UGGGAUCAAUGGUUGGCUGGCGGUUGGCGGUUAGCGGCGGAACAUGGAACAUGUGUGCCUAUAUAUCACGCCCAUAAACGGAACAUUGGGGUCCAUAAACGUACGUUCCAUCUGUCUGAUACGAUUCGUUCUAUUUGCCAUGCUAAGCGUAUGGGAACCCAAACUGAAAACAAAAGCAAAACCAGAAACAGAAACAGAAACAGAAACCGCACCAUAACCAUGUUAUACAUAUACAAUCUCGACUGGCAUCGGGGCUAAUCGCUAUUUACAAUUGCAGAUUGGCGCGUAAUUUAUGUGAUAAGUGUGUGAAGUCUAUCCAUAUAGGUAUACAUAGGUAUCCAAUGGAUCGUCCCCCAUUUAUCCUUUCCCCAUUUAUACUUUCGGUUUCUUCCCAUCCAAAAGUCACGACUUCGUGGUGUGAACCAAGUUCAAUCGGGCUAAAGUGCAAGGCAUGGCACUUCAUUCUUUAUGGGGACGGUUACUUCCAAAAUACGUCAUUAGUUUUGCUAAACAACAGAUACAGAUAUAUACCCAUAUAUAUACGAUCGUGGGGAAGGGCACCUUCACUUUCCCCCAAUUUGUAUUUCCACGAAGAUGACCCAUUGGAUACUAUCAGAUUUGGUUUAUCCGAUACGAUACCUUGGUUAUCUGGGUAUAAAUUGAAUUGGUAUCAAAUUUGAACGGAUUGUAUAAGGAAUAUAUACAUCGUACUUAUAUCAAUCUGCGAACUAUUCGUUCGUGUAACCGGGAGGCAUCGAACAAUACCCAUCCGUGUUCGCCUCUGAUAAUACUUUAUGGUCGAAUGUUAGCUUUUACGACACUCAAUAGCCAUAAGAAGGCAGCUCGUGCUAAAAUGUGAGUUGGCCAGAGAGCUAAGCCCUUUUAGUUUUCUAGUUUUAAAGAAAAUCCCCAUAGUUUCGACCCUUCUGGAAGUUUUCUGGGGUGAAUCCGUAUGCCAGAUAGGUACAUUCAGUAUCCAUGUUCCAUGCUCCUGGUGUUUUUAUCGUUCUAUUUUGGUCUGCCGCGCUGCGGGCUAAUCUGCUAACACCCCCAGCGAUCUGUUUGGCCAUGCAUUUGGCCACUCGAAACGCUCUGGGGCCACUUCUGGGUGCUUUUGGGGGCUUCAAUGGGUUGGGCUGGUCGUAGUUCGCUAGCUGGAACUGCAGGGACGGGCCAAAAGUGGACGGCUUAUCGACGGAUUGCGGUUCUCACGCUGGAUCUCUGGCCGCGUUAUCAGCUAUCAGUUAACUGGCGAUGGUGACGAUGUCGUUGAGCCACCAGCGAAACGUAAACAAACGACGCCCACGGUGAGUCCGUAUCCGUAUCUGUAUCUGUAUCCGUAUCUGUAUCUGUAAUGGUAUCCGAGUGUUGCCGAAGUCCUGGCCCGGAAAAGUGCAGAGCCGCAGCUCCAACGAGUCCAAUGGUAGUGGGUAGAUGGCCAGAUAGCUCCUCGCUGGCGUCGCGUGCGCUUCGUUUUCCGUCGUCGAGCGAAAUGUUGGCGUUUUCCAGCAGCUCCCCGCCUGAUUGGGAUUAUCGGAGCAGUUCGGUGGAGCCAGUGGCUCCUGUGCUCCUGUGGAGCCAGCAAAAUGUCACGGAACCGGCGACGGACACGAUCACGAGUUCCACUUCCACCAGCUUCAGUACCGCCCACUUCCUGUGGCUGGCCAUCAACGGGGUGCUGUUCUUCCUGAUCCUCGGCGGGAAUGUCCUGACCAUCGUGGCGGUGCGCACCUGUCGCCACCUGCGCUCGGUGGUCUCCAACCUGUUCAUCCUCUCGCUGGCCGUCUCCGACUUCUGCGUGGGCCUGGCCCUGCCCUACCACCUGGUCUUCUACAUGGGCUCCAACAUUGGCGGGAUGCGGGGUCCCUGCCUGCUGCGCUUCUUCCUGCUCAUCUGCGCCUGCUGCGUCUCCAUGCUGACCCUCAUCUCCAUUGCGGUGGAUCGCUACAUAGCCGUGGUCUACGCCCUGCACUACAGAAGAUACAUGACCCGUCGGGUGGCGUACAGCAUCAUCGUGUCGAACUGGUGCCUGGGCGCCCUGGUGGCCCUGCUGCCCGUCUUCUGGAACCGGUGGCCCGACGCGCAGGCCUGCGAGUUCGACGAGGUCCUCUCGCCCGGCUACAUAGCCGGCGUGAUUACGCCGGGCUUCGUGAUCAUCUGGGUGUGCAUGCUCCUGGUCUACUGGCGCAUCAUGCGCGAGGCGGCCAAGCAGGCGCAGCGCCUCCGGCAGUCGGUGGUGUACAACACGGACGAGGCCACCACGAUGCGGAGCCUGCUGCUCCAUCCGGACUGGAAGAGCGUCCAGAUCGUCGUCUUCAUCAUGGGCUGCUUCACGCUCUGCUGGCUUCCCUACUUCUGCGUGGCCAUCGCCCAGCUGUUCAGCAUCUGCCGGAGCAGCUCGAUGAUCUACAAGACCACCUUCUCGCUGGCGAUCGCCAACUCGGCCCUGAAUCCGAUCAUCUACUCGUGGAAGAACUCUGGCUUCCGGCGCGCCUUUGCCCAGACCCUCUGCUGUCGGUCGGCAAGGCAGUGCGAGGAGCAGCUGCCGGCGGACAGCAAGCAGCGCAUGGAGGCCACCUCCUCCUCCACGGGCUACCAGCAGGAGGUCAAACCAAACGGUAGUCGCUGAUCAGUGGAUCAGUGGAUCACUGGAUCAGAGGAUCAGUGGAUCAGUGGAUCAGUGGUUUCUUAUAGUAUUCAACCCCUGACUUGAUAGGCUUAUGUUCAGAUGAUAGCAAUUAAAGAGCAACUUUGGGUGACAAAAGUUCCACUGCACUACUCUUCUACUAUCAAACCCAUUAUAUAUAUAUAUAUAUAUAGAAGGACUACCAAGGAGGGAAGGAG